CGGCCGGGCAAGAUCGUUGAAGUACAAGCAGCGAUGAGUGUAUGGCCGCUCGAUAAGCGUGGCCGUCUUUGGUGGAGUUCAGCCAAGCCUAGAAACCAGUUUGCAAUCCACUGCUGCCAAUGGAAUCAGCGUGAACAAAUACUACCCGCGUCCUGUAUCCUGCAUAUUGCACUGGAACGCAGCUGGAUGGGAGAAAACAUAUUUUGUUCUUUGCAGAACACCUGAGUAGUGAACGGCGCUCAUUCAUUUUUGUUUUCCGGCAUGGCGAAGCAUUGUUUGUGUCUUCUGCCCACACAGCACAGGCCUGGUACAUACAUUUACUCCGUGGAAUGGCUGUACAAUCAGUAUCGUGACAGGCUACCCUGGUUUGUUGUCGAUCGAGAGGUUUGAGUGCUCUGUGUUCGGACUUGAAACUAAUGAGAGGACUACAGCAUGCCGGGAUAUUCUCCUAGUUGGGAGUACAAGAAGGGCCAAGACUAAUCGAUACACGAGGUCUGGGGAAAAAAGUUUGCUUGAGGAUUACGUCUGAGUAGUUCUAAAGUUACCUGCAGGGUCCUCGACAGAGAAGAUUUUCUCACUUGUAAGUGAGAAUCAAAGCUGAGGCACGAACUAAGAGUGUCAUCGUCAUCUCCAUCAGUGUCUGACAUCGUCGAUUUAGAGGACGAAACAUUACAGGAUCUUGCUGUUGCGCAUGAGUUGUACAAAAAGUUCACGAUGAGGAAGCUGAAAUUGUUUGAAGAAUAAGUAAUGGCGUAGACAGCAGCUGAGGGUCAUAGGUCACCAUGACGAAACCCGCUCGCUUUUCACGCUCGCGGUCAAGAACAACCCUGCAGCCAGCAGUUCAGGAUUUUAAUGGACAGAUAAUCAACAAAGCUAAUGACGAAGAUUCCACAGUGUGGUUUGUAGGCAAAAGCAAUUCCCGGACAUUCCCAGCCACUGACUUUUGUUACCCGAUCGGCGGAUCCUUCAGGAGUUACCGUAGUGCCGGGGCUUUAAGUCCCACCUACUGGGACUCCGCGCGGUUCCCCAACUCGACCUGCAGGCACCCGGCCUGGGCGGAGGAACUACAUAGAAACAGCGUUGCUAGGACAGCACGGGUACGUGCACGGCUGUCACCCACAAGACCUUGCCGCACCCCAGACCGAGCCACCUCCACUUCAUCUCCAUCCUCCGCCUACGAGUCCGACAACAGGUUCAUUCUGACUCUGCCAUUCAACGACGACACGUUGGAGGAUAUUAAAGAAGGUCGGACAUUUGGAAAGGAGCCCUUGACCACAGCGAGGUCAAGACCAGCAACGACUGGCCGUUACUUCAACACGAACAACGGGCUGAGGAACUCCAAGAGUCAGACCACCUGGGGGACACGGCCAGCCACCGCCGGCCAAAGGUUCUCGAGUCCAGGCCUCCGGAUACAGAAGCUGACUUUGCACCAGAAGGACACGGUGCGGGACAUGCGGGAACUGUUUACCACUCGCCAACCCAUCAAGAGAGCCUGAACUUUAUCUUUUGCUUAUCUCUAUACCCCGGUGGUUUCAAUACCUUGCACACCUACCCGUGUUUUCACGAGACAAAAUGCGUGAUGCAGAUGGUAACUUAUUGACUGGGGCUUUGUUUGUCUGUGGCAGUGACUGGACAAUAACCUAAAUUAUUCUGUUCAUUGUGUUAGAGAGGUUUGCUGGCACACCACCGGAUCCUUUUGUAUUUAUAAAAUUCUUUCUGGGGAAGAAUAGACAGUCCAAGCUCUUGGUACAUUUAAUCAAACGAGUCUCUGGUUGCUGGGUAAGACAUUGUUUAUCCGUUAGACACUUUGUAAAGCGGUCUGACUGCUAGACAAUGUGUAAAGCAUUCUGAAGGCAUUAGACACUGUGCUAAGAUAUUAUUGAUGGACUAGAAUAUCUAAUUGCAUUUUUAAUGUCCCUGAAGACAUCUUUAGCUUGGGGAAACAAAAACAUGUGUAACUUGAAAAUAUAACUGUUAUUCUAGCCGCUCUACUUUGCUCUUUCAAAUUUCAUAAUGCCUUUCAGAAAUGGUUCUAACUGGUUCCAGCAUGGAUUGAGUGUUUUGAAAGGCCUUUUCUAUCAAAUUUAGUCGUAAUCACAGGCUUGAUAAAAUCAAUACUGAAAGCUGUUGAAAAACAAUAAUUUCACAAAACCUUUUCAUCUAAAUGUAAGGUAUAAACAUUUCCAUUGCUUUCUCUGCAUGACUAGACUCAUCUUGAUGGAAGCAGUUUAGCACACAAGAUCGACUGCUGAACAACAUUUUAAGUACAAUAACCAUUCGCAAGAAAGGCUAUAUAUAUAUUUUUCACAAUCAGAUCAUUAUGUCUAAAUAAUAAUUUGAAUUGUCAUAUAGAAGAUAUAAAGAAAUAAAAUAAAAGUGUUCAAAAGUCUGAAGCAGUUUCGAGGGCAACGACUCACAAAGUCAACUACUUCAGUUAUAUCUACAUCAUAACCAACUAAGAUAAGACUUACUUUGUAAACAUCUUCAUCAACUAGAAGACUGUUUUGGUUUGCGGCGUGUUUAGCUGAAUUAAUUCCAAUCGUUGUGGAAUCAAUAUGGAAAACAUAACAUAUUAUUCUAUAUGUAUAUUAUUCUAUAAAAUAUUAUUAUAACAACUGUUCAUUUUCGACUGUUUUGUAUUAAGACAACAAUUUUAUUAUUUUCUCCUCUAAACGCCUCUAUGUGCGAAAAAUGACAUAAAUAUAAAUAAUCGCGAAGAUGGUAAUUUUGUAAAUUAUUUAUUCUAUAUAGUCCUUUCUGCAGAUAAAUGUUAUUUAUUUACAUCUGCCAGAAAUAGUCGGUCAGACCACCCUUGCUCUGUUCCUCGCCCAAAAAGCCAGACAUGGAUCCUCGUUCAAGCGGCUGAAUAAGUCUUAUUGCUAUAUCAAUGUAUUUUGGAGUGAUUAGUUUUGCUUAUAUAGUUAUUUGUUGAUUGCGGAAAGUCUAAUUGCUUGCUGAUUGCAACAAACUUGCUCCACAGUAUUGCUCUUGCAAUUCACAUCGAAGUCUCACAUGGAUAAACAAGCUGACUCCAAGAGCUGCUUCACGGGAGGGUUUGCUCCCUCAAAUCCGUCCAGAUUAUGAACUGUCUGUCUGUCUGUCCGUCCGUCGUCUGUCUGUCUGUCUGUCUGUCUGUCUGUCUGUCUGUCUGUCUGUCUGUCUGUCUGUCUGUCUGUCUGUCUGUCUGUCUGUCAAUACAUUUUAAAAUGUAGAAACCAUUUAUCAUGAAGGACUGUGAUACAUAGCACACACAAAGUACAAAAGUGCUUUGUUUCCACUCUUUCAAAGCUAGGAGUCCAUUUUGUCUCCUUCUUAUAACAGUUUUCGAGUGUGUUUUGUUAUUUAUUUUUGUAUCACACUUCACUGACAAGAUGUUGACAUGUUUUAUAAUUUUUUUAAAUAUUAAAGAGACUAAUACAAUUAAUUGCGAUAUUCUUUAAUCUCUUUACUAUAAAUAAUAAGUUACCUACAGGUACUGGCGUCCAUUGUGUUUUAAAAUGUCUUUCACAAUAUCACUUUUAGUGGAAAAGACCGUGUCUCCUUCCUGUGAGUUGGCUAUCAUUAUUUUUUUUUUAUCGGUUUCUGCCCUCUGUCAUACUAAUUUAUUAUUUCUUGUCUUUUUUCACUAAAGACAAGUCGUUGUUUACCAUAUACAUUACAUGACUCCAUGUUUUAGCAAUAUUUUUGAAGCAACACACAUUUUCUUUGUCUGAUUUUCUCAUCAGCGUGCUUGUUCAAAUAUGUCGACUGUCUCGUUGUGAUGGCACUGCUGUUGUAGCAAUAAUAGAAAGAUGAAAAUAAAGACGUGUUGAUGUCCAGCCUCA